AUGAUCUUGUAUGAUACAUUUCGUGAACAAUUACCAAUAGUUCUUCCAGAUCCAGCAGAAAACUAUGAAACAAAGCCAUUAUUAUAUUCAGACGAACAAAAUGAAAUACCAAAGAUAUUUGAUAAUAUAUUGCCGAUUGAAUAUCAUUCAUGGGAAAAUUCAAUUAUCUAUCAUUCUAAUACUAUUAAUCCAUUACAAACAGAAGAAACAGGUUGGAUACCAACACGUGAAUGUCGAACACUAGGUGCUUAUCAAAAAGAAAUAUUAGACGAUCAUGAUCGUGCUAUGAAUUGGUAUUCAAUUUUUCCUUUUACUGAUACUGUGAUAUUAAAAAAUUUGAUGGAUAAUAAAAAUUUUCAAUUCGAUUUAAACUAUAAAGCGAAAUAUAUUAAUCCUCAACAAGAUCCAACAGUAAUGGAAUUACCAAUUGAACUGCCUGUAGUUCCUAUUCGAAAAGAAAAACCAACAACACAUUCGAAUAUUAAUUCUUUAAAGAAUAAUAAAGAGAAUCGUUUACGUCGAACACGAAAUGUUCUAGCUCGUGCAGGUCUAGUCGGUAUUUUACCUGAUGCUCAUGAUAAUUAUCAUCAUUAUUAUCGUGAUAAAAAUAAACAAGAUAUUAAAAUUAAAUCUGUCAGUUUUUGGAAUUUAAGUAAUGAUUUUUAUUAUGAUUUCAACGUUGAACAAGAAUUUCCAUCAAAACGACGAAUAAAUUCUUCACAAAAUCUUGAUUUUAUAUUCUGUCCAAUAUUUCGUACGAUUGAUGAAUUACGUUAUUUUCAUCGUCCAUUACUUGAUUUACGAAAUUAUCAUCAAUCGUGGAUGUGCAUUCAAUUAUCCAAUGUUAAGAAUUUUAAUAAAUCUAUUCGAACGAAAUCUGAUUUAACUGGUAGAUAUGGUGAAAUACUUUUAUUUGAAUAUAGUGAACAACAUCCAGCAUUAUUAAAUGAAAUUGGAAUGUUUAGUAAAAUUCGAACUUAUCUUCGACCGCAAUAUUUUAAAGCUCAUACAACUUCAUAUGAAGUUGAUUAUGGUGAAUUAAUAUAUACACAUGCAUCACCAUUUCUUUGGUCAAUUCCACGAGGUUUAAAUAUUCAAACAAUCGAAAAUAAUAUGUUUAUAGCACCAAUCUAUCGACAAAUAUGUUUAACCCAUGAUUUUUUAAUAAUAUUUAAUCAAAAAAAUGGCUUCUUUAUUCGAAAUAUCGAUAUAAUUUCCAUUAUUGGACAACAAUGUCCACUGAUUGAAGUUCCUAUACCACAAUCUAAACGUGUGAAUAUAAUUCAACGUGAUUUAUUACAAAUUUAUAUUUAUCGAUUAUUUUUACAAAGUAAUGAAAUACCACGUCGAAUACGUAUUGAUGAUAUCAAACGAGUUUUUCCACGUUUGGCUGAAUCAUCUAUUCGAAAACGAUUAAAAACAAGUGCAGAUUUUCGAAGAAGUGAUGAUUUUCGAUUACCAACAGAAGACGAAAUACGUGAUUUAAUUAAACCUGAACUUCGUUGUGCAUAUGCAUCUAUGACUGCAGCUGAACAACGUUUAAAAGAUGCUGGUUUUUGUGAUAAAUACAAUAUUGACUUUGAUGAUGACGAACAAUCUAAUUAUUCAUCUGACCUUAACGAUGAAAUUUUACAAGCACCAUGGAAUACAACACGUGCAUAUCUUGGUGCAUUAAAAGGCAAAUGUUUAAUGCAAGUGUUUGGUAUUGGAGCUAAGACUAUUCAUAAAACUAAAACUAAUAAUGAUUUAAAACAUUUUCGUCGAGCUGUAACUGGUACUGAUGCAGAUCUUCGUCGUUUACAAUUAAAAGAUGCGAGAAAAUUAUUACUUAAAUUUAAUAUAUCUGAAAAAGUUAUUCAAUCAUUAACUCGAUGGGAAAUAGUGGACUUAGUUCGAACAUUAUCUACGCAACAAGCAAAAGAAGGCAUUAGUGGUGGUAGAUAUAUAUAUAUAUGA